UUUUCUUGUUUUAGCUCCAAUGAAACACUUUGAGCUAGCCUUUAAGAUGUUUGACCUCAACGGUGAUGGAGAAGUUGAGUUUGAUGAAUUUGAAACGGUUCAGUCAGUUCUCCUCAGCUCCACAGCAAUGGGAGUAAGACACAGGGACCAUGUCAUCAAUGGUAAUGUUGCUUCGUCUGUGGGUGGAGCAUUAGCAGUCCAUUUCUUUGGUAAGAAACUCGACCAGAAACUGACGAUAGAAAAGUUUCAGGAAUUCCAUACUCUUCUCAACACUGAGAUACUCCUGAUGGAAUAUCUACGUUAUUCACGAGAAUUAGGACUAGCCAAACUAAUGAACUCUGUUGUGGCUUGUUCUGCAAAAGCAGUCAAAGAUAAACUAGGGAUUGAAGCUUGA